UACAAGGUGUGUUCAAAGCUUUACCAUCAAGACUAGACUCUAGUAUAUUACAGCUAUUCUCUACUGGAUGAGAAAAUAUCACGUCCAAAACUUCUUCAUCCAAAGAUUUCAAGUAAUCUACUCUACUAUACUCUACAAGAAGGACUGUACGGAAAUAAACAGAAAAGAGGAAAUCUUUGUGGAGAAUGUAAAUCAUUAGUCUGAUCAUCAAUUUCCUGGAAGGAAACUACACAUUCGAAAAGCCAACAAGUAAUCUCAAAGCAACAAAAGAAACCAUGUAGGCUAGGAGACGUCGUGUGGAGAAAGAAAAUAACCCAUGACAAUGGAGAAAUUGAUUAAACAUGAGACACAGGUGAAUUUUCAAGCAGCAAAUCCAACCAUGGAGACGUGUCCUGUGUCUGAGCUCCUGGAAGACUCUGGGAAUUGUAGGCAGAGCAUCAACCUUCAUCUUGUCAGUGACUCUCUCUUCAGUGAGCAGCAGAAGCUGAGGCAUGUGUUGGAUUGGGCUCACAGUUUCCUCAGUAGUGGCUCAGAUGUUCACCACGAGUUCUGCAGAGCUGACAGCUUGAUACUGGCCGAUGAAGAGCGGAGGGAAACACAGAAAAAAUCACAAGCAUACAAGCAUUCGUCUGCAGCUGAAUACCUUCAUCCCAUCUCCUGUGCAGCAAGUGGUAAUGAAGCAUUUGGACCUUUUACAGAUGAUCCCUGCAUCCCCUUCUCCUUCACCCUCCCCUUUAAAGAGGAGUACAGAGAAACUCCUGAAAAUAUGAAAAGAAUCGAGCUACAGGAUCCCACCAAUAAACAAACCCCUAGCCAAGAAAACAACUGCAGAACAAGCAGUCUGUUCAUAUCUAAUCAAAGACAAGACAUCAAUUUAUCAGACAGAAACACAAAUCAAACAGAUGGUGCAACCUGCUCAAUCAAAGAAUCCACGUUAUGCAGGAGCGAUGUGGAGAGCAAAGUGAGUUAUAAAACAGCUGGUGCUCAGUCAGAAGGAGACAUAUCAGGACAUCAGAUGGAGCUGAGCAAAGUAAAGGUUGAUGGGAAGGUGGGAACACAGAAGGAAGCUGCGAAGCAGGAAACAGAGGAUGCUAGGAUGGGCAAAAGGAAGGGGAAGAUGAAUGAAGAAUCUAGCUUGGCCUUUGCAGUGUAUGCAGAUAAUAACAUGAACAAUGGUGAGAUGGAAUAUACUUCAAACCUCAGUCUUAGCUGCCAUUUGAAAAUACCACCAACUCUGACCAUAUAUGAGCGGUACCAGCUUUGUGUGGAUCAGUUGCAUCACCUCAGACUAAGACAAAGCCAACAUAUCGACCCGGGAUGCUUCACAGAGUCACCUGCUGAAGAGAGAAAGACGGAAGAGGAAAUUGCACCACAAAAUCCUGCGAUUAAAAAACAUCUAAAUAAAGCAGGAAGCAAAAGAGUUACAGCUGCAGAAAUGACAAAGAAGAGGAGUUCAGAUGUCAUUAAUAAAAACCAGGACAGAUCUCAAUACAAUGGAAGUAGGGCAACACCUACUGAGCACAGACAAACCAAACAUCGUGACAAUCUGACUGUGAAGGAAACACCUGCAGCCAUUUGUGCAGAGAGAAACACUGUUACCAGCAACACACAUUUGGACCUUGAUAGCAACAAAUGUGGUGAAUUAAAAAGAACUGCAGGAGGCAUAAUCUCAACCCCUAUGGGGCACAUGGGGACUGCACCUGGUGCUGCACUCACCACAAACCAAGGUUUGUUUCCAGAGAGAAUUGGACGUAAUCCAGAUGUAAGGAGUUGUCAAAGUGGGGUCAAAGGUCAAAAGACAAAAGCUGGGGGUCAAGGAGCCUCAUUAAGACUCUGUGAAAAGUCAAGUGUCUCCCUGUCUUCUCCAACCAAUAGGGAAAUAUUGCAAAGGCCUCAGUCAUCAGGAGUGAACAAACACACAAAAAGACACACACCAGAAGACACGCCUCUUCAUGAUGACCCUGAACCAACAUCACCAGCUCCGGAUGCACUUCGAUGUAAACAAACCAACGAAUACAGCCCAGCAGGUGUCCCUGUAUGUGUCCGCUGGUUGUGUCUUCCUGAUGAGGUAUGGCUGUCCAUCCUGUCUCUGCUGCCUCUCAGUGAUCUGUGCAGAGUGCUGCAGGUCUGCAGCCGCCUGCACACACUGGCCACUGACCACACACUCUGGAGAAAUGUGAGGAUUGAAAACUGCAACCUGACGGAGCGGUGGUUACUUUGUGUGGGCAGACGUCGUCCUCGCAGUCUGUGUCUGUACAGCUGCAGUGGCCUGUCUCUCACCUCCUGUGGCCUGGAGAUGUUUUUCACUCUGUGUAGAAACUUUCUGGAGGAACUCAAGGUCACAAGUUGCACUGGUCCUGGUCUCCAUGGUGACCAGAUGCUGCCACUGAUUGGUCAGCUGUGUCACCAUGUGACCAGUGUGGAUGUGAGCUGGUGCGGAGCAACAGACACAGGAGUGAAAGCUCUGAGUGACUGCUGCCCAGGGUUGCAACUAAAAUCUCUUGUCCUGAACGGCUGUCACGUCACUGAUGACCCACUGAUGAAACUCAUCAUGAGGCACAAAGAAAGUCUGUGCAGACUGGAGGUGUUUGGCUGUCAGUUCCUCACUCCAUCCUGUCUACAGACAGUAUAUGAGAUGUGUCCUGGCCUCCAGCAUCUUAACAUCGGACAGGUGCCAAAAGUAAACACACACUGUCUCACAGUGAUGACAUCACAGCUCAAAUGUCUCAUUUCAUUAAAUCUCACUGGACUACAGGCGGUCAGUGAUGCCACAGUGGACACUUUGCUUCAGAACUCUGUCGACCUUCAGAGUUUGACCUUCAGUUCCUGUCCUGGAGUCACUAACUUGACACUGCACAGCAUCCGCAAAUACACACCUGGUAUCAGAUCUCUGGAUGUGAGUGGCUGUAAGGCAGUAACAGAUGCAGGAGUUCAGUCUCUGGCUCUGGGAUGUAGAAGACUUCAGCAGCUGGAUCUCAGCUCCACUGGCACAGGAAACAGAGGGGCUUUUAUUGCCUUUAUUGGUGCAGCUAGAAAAUGACAGGAAAGAGGGGAGAGAGAGGGGAUGACACACAGCAAAGGGCCACGGGUUGGAAUCGAACCCGGGCCGCUGCCAAGGACUCAGCCCACAGAGGUUGCACGAUUUACAGACGUCUCUUUCCCAAUGUAAGUCUAUAGGAAAAAGUAUUUUAUGGCCCAAUGGCAUCACGUGACGGACCCAGAAGUUCUAAUUCCACAGUUUGGCCACUACGAAAAAUAGCUUCAAAGCCCGGCGCUCUUCCCGGGGGCUUGGUUCUCAGGUAAACACUGAGGGGGAACCUGAGGGUAGGCGCUACACUUCUGAGACAACGCCAUCAUUUGGGACGGUGUUAUCAGCUGUAACCACCACCAUGAGCUAGCCAUUGGCACAAACAUGCACUAAAAGUACACAUGGCUAUACACAGAGGGAGAGAGACUUCAUUCUCUGCUCAGGUAGACAUUACUGCUGUAUAUCUUUACAUAGCAAAUAGUUGUUUGUAGCUAUAUUUAUGCUCUGGAUAUCAUAUAGAGCACCUUUAAGCUGUGUGUAGUGUUGUCGCCACAUCCCUUAGUGUCAGCUGUGAAAUUGAAGAGUUAAAUGUUAAAGUAACUUAC